UCUUCCAGCCUCGCAGCCUCGAACUCAGCCUCAGCCACCGUGACAGCCAGGCAGAGGGCUGAGAGGCAGAGGAGAGAGGGAGUGAUGGAGGGAGGAGUCUGUAGCUCUACCCCCUGAAUGCUGUGUGAGUGGGAGAGUGAGAGAGAAAGAGAAGAAGGGAGAAUGAGGAACUGGGUGAGGGAGGGGGUAGGGGGGAGGCAAGUGAGGGCUGAAGACGCUGAGAAUGGAUGGGCAAUGAGAAACGGUGCGAGCGAGAGAGGAAGAGUGAGCGUAUGUAUUCUGAGAGUCAGCAGCGAGGACACAAAGUCUACAAGCUCACAUCACCAAGAGAGCGCACGAGGCAGAACUCGCAGCCGGCUACUCUGAAGACUAACACACAGAGGAAAGAGCCACGCAGAGAGACAGAGGAGAGGAAGAAUAAGCAGAAGAGGAGAAGGACAGAACACAGCCUUCCACUGGUUUUGCCCUCUCCACUCCCCCAGUCAUGAUCCCUUGGGUCCUUCUGGUCCUGUGGCUCCCUGGACACAGGGCGGAUGGCAUGUUUUCCCAGCAGCCACAGGAUCUGGUGGUGGUGGCAGGCCAGCCUGUGACGUUACCAUGCACCAUCCCUGGUUAUCAUGGCGUUGUUCUGUGGAUCAAAGACGGCCUGGCACUAGGAGUGGGCAGAGACCUUUCUGGCUAUCCACGUUACACAGUGAUUGGCGACCAUGGUUCAGGAGAGCAUCAUUUGCGAAUCCAGCGCGUCGAACUGAUGGAUGAUGCCGUGUUCGAGUGCCAGGCUGUCCAGGCUGCCAUGAGGUCCCGUCCUGCCCGGCUCACUGUGUUGGUUCCCCCAGAGGACCCAGUCAUCAGCGGCGGGCCGGUGGUGAGCCUAAGGGCUGGAGACCCACUUAACCUGACCUGCCAUGCUGACAACGCCAAACCUGCGGCCUCAAUCAUCUGGAUUCGCAAUGGUGAGGUCCUCAAUGGGGCCAUGUACUCCAAGGUAAGCACAGAGACCUUGCUCCGGGAUGGAAGGAGAGAAAGCACCAUGAGCACACUCUACCUAUCGCCAUCCAACAUCGAGACCGGCCAGCAGAUCAUCUGUAAGGCCUCCAACAAGGCCGUGCCCAAUGGCAAGGAGACCAGUGUCACGAUUGACAUUCAGCAUCUCCCACUUGUCAAUCUUUCAGUGGAGCCUCAGCCUGUUCUGGAGGGCAACCUGGUGAGAUUUCACUGCUCUGCAAAGGCCAACCCUCCUGUUACACUCUACAGGUGGGCCAAAGGAGGAAGCAUAAUUAAGGAGGUCUCGGGAGACACAUAUGAAGUUAUUGUGGACCACUCCUUCUUUACGGAGCCUGUUUCCUGCGAGGUUACCAACGCUCUUGGAAGCACCAACAUCAGCCGCAACGUUGAUGUUUACUUUGGUCCUCGCAUGGCUGCAGAACCUCAGUCCUUGCAGGUUGACCUUGGCUCUGAUGCCGUCUUUAACUGUGCCUGGACAGGAAAUCCAUCUCUCACCAUAGUGUGGAUGAAAAGGGGUUCUGGAGUGGUUCUUAGCAACGAGAACCUCCUGACACUGAAGUCUGUGAGACAAGAGGAUGCUGGGAAGUAUGUGUGUCGUGCUGUGGUCCCACGUGUUGGUGCAGGAGAAAAGGAGGUCUCUCUCACUGUCAAUGGGCCACCUACUAUAUCCAGUACGCAGACUCAGCAGGCUCUGCACGGAGAAAAGGGACAAAUCAAGUGCUUCAUUCGAAGUACACCACCACCAGACCGCAUUGCCUGGUCAUGGAAGGAGACUGUCCUGGAGUCUGGAACCUCUGGUCGCUACACUGUAGAGACUGUGAACACAGAAGAAGGAGUCAUUUCCACACUGACCAUGAGUAACAUUGUCCCGGCUGACUUCCAGACCAUCUACAACUGCACGGCGUGGAACAGCUUUGGCUCUGACACCGAGAUCAUACGCCUUAAGGAACAAGGUGGGAGCCAAGAAUCCCUCCCAGUGGCUGUGAUCAUCGGCAUUGCUGUGGGAGCCUUUGUGGCCCUUAUUGUCCUAAUGGGCACCAUCGGCGCGUUCUGUUGCACCCGCUCUCAGAGAAAGGAAGCACACCUGGUUAUGCCCUCACUGCCCGUCUCCAUCUGUGCACACCAGAGAGAACUUGCAAGCAAAAUUAAGACAGAAAAUCUGAAAGGAGUCGUGUCAGCAAAAAAUGACAUCCGGGUGGAGAUCGUACACAAGGACCACAAUGCAGCACGAGAAAAUGAAGAACACACCUCCAUGAAACAACUGAUGGUGAGUGUUGAGCGAGGAGAGUUCCAGCAGGAGUCUGUUCUGAAGCAGCUGGAGGUAUUACAAGAGGAGGAGAAGGAGUAUCAGCACAUUAAGGACCCUACAAAUGGCUAUUACAGUGUCAACACCUUCAAGGAGCACCACACUCCGACCAUGACAAGUAAUCAGACUGCCGAGGUGAGGAACCCCACCAACACGGGUACCCUGGGCAAGCAGAGGGUACCAACAGGCAUGUCCUUCACCAACAUCUAUUCCACCCUGGGAGCGGGCCCCAACCGUCUGUAUGACUACAGCCAGCGCUUCGUGCUGGGUAUGGGCAGCAGCUCCAUUGAGCUGUGCGAGCGGGAGUUCCAGCGCGGCUCGCUCAGCGACUCCAGUUCCUUCAUCGACACGCAGUGUGACAGCAGCAUCAGCAGCUACAGUAAGCCGGACGGCUACGUGCAGUUCGACAAAGACAGCAAGGCCUCAGCCUCUUCCUCCUCCCACUACUCCCAGUCCUCCUCGCAAAACUCUGACCUCACCCGGCCCCUCCAGAAGCGUAUGCAGACCCAUGUCUGACCACCAGGGAGGGAGGGUUUUUAAAUAUGGUGUAUCGAGCAGCGAGGAUUGUAAAACUACUAAAGAAAUGAACCACCAGGAGCCCCUGUAGUAUCAGCGUUACAAAGUGUUUCCUAUGGAUGCCCAAAGAUGCUGGGGCUGCUGGGCUGGACUUACUUACACUUAUCAAUGUCCCCAAAAAUAAGAAAAAAAAAAGAUAAAGGAUCUAGAAGCCUUACAUUUCCUUCAUGCUUAAUUUAUCAACUUUCUCCUUUUUCAACUCAUAAUACAGUUGUGCCACAGGUUUUUUUCCAACACAGACACAUCAGUUUGGUAUUCAAACUUCCGGACUUGAUCUAAGCAGUAAGAUUGUUAACAGAUCAGAGAGCAGGAAUACAAGACUAUGUGUGACAAUCGGCUCCCCUGGCAUGGACCAAAUUAGCUUAUUAGAGAUUGUCAUUCAGAAAAAGCAAGACUGCGGUGAAACACUCAGCACAAACUGCUUGACAAUAGUGCGAGCCAGUGUCCUGCUGCUCUCUUGUUGUUAGAAAGCACAACAAUGAAUGUGCAUGUGAUUUUUUUCUCUUUUCCUUUUCUUUCUUUUUUUUAUUCUUAAACUUGUUAAAGAAAUAACUUUUCCCCACCUUCCCUUCAAACACUGUGUGUUAAACUUCGUUUGUUAAAGUCCAUUCUCUUGUGUGGGUGGAAGAAAACUUUCCCUAUGCGCUAACAGAUGUCUCAAAUAUUGAAAAGAACAGCUGUCUUGGGGGGGUUUUUUGUCUAUUUUUCCUUCUCACUCUGCGACUGUAUCUGAGCUGCAAAGCUGAGCAGAUAAAAAAGGGGCUGAGAUGUUAUUUUAAAUCCCUGAGUCAUCAUUUCACUUUGACACUCUGAGAUAAAAGAAUAUCAGUGUACAGUACAUAUGUGACUGUAAUUUCUUUUUUAAACAUCUAAUUUCUGACUCUGAUUUCCCACAUGGAUGACUCUAAAUGAGACACGAGCGCCUCUUCUUGUCCAUAUCUACUUUGCCUUGAGGGUCUGUUUGAACUGGGUCAAUACAAACUUUGGCUGAGUGAGACAGACAAACACCAUCAGCUCUUCUGUGGACGGGGAGCUGCAUCCACGCUGAAUCCUGCUCUGAGGCAUUUGCAGCUGGAAGGUCCACAAAUUACAACUUGUGUUGCACUUGUGAGUUUCCCCUUUUAAUACCACACAUCAUCAUCAUAUCAUCAAUACUUAAGGGUACCUGCUGAAUGAAGCAUAAUAAUUAUAUUUUAGUUUCUUAUUGUUUGUUUUUCCCAUUGCUAGUGUCAGUAUCACUGCUCACACUGGAACUCAGUGCAUCCUGACUGGUUUCCUACCUGUGGCUACUUUGAAGCUAACGGGGGCAAUCUAAUGCUUUUUAACUGCACUGUUUGUUUUAUUCUCCACUCUAUGUGGAAUGUAUGAAAGCAGAUGUAUAAUCAAAUCACUGACACUGUUUUUGUUUGAGUUGAGACUGGAUACUGAGUACGAAUUUAACUCGCAGGAAAAAAUCACCAAUCUUGAUUCCUUCAUGUUUUGAUAAGAAGAGACAUUUGCUUUUCUCCAGCACUGAACGCAUUGGCGUUUUCCAAUUUGAAAAUUGUGCACAGCAGAUAAUGUAAAGCUACUGAGCAAGAAAAGUUUUUUUUUUUUUUUCUUUCUUUUGGCCUACAUGCAUUUACACACCUGAACGCUAUCACCUAUUGUUGUCGACCUUAUACUGUGUUAAAGCAGGCUCUCUCUGAAAAUGCCAGCUAUUUACAGAAGGUGUACAGCUGCGGUUUCAUUGUGCACUACAUCACAUUUGAUGAAAGCAUUCAAAAGCCUGGUGUGUCUGUGGAUUCUCAAGGUUUGUUCCGGCCAUGCUUCAUAAAAUCAGAUUGCUUGUGAUUUGAUCGGUUCUUUAAAAGAUAAAGAGGAGUUUCGGGAAGAACAAAUGGCUCAAAGACAGGACUGAAAAACAGUAGCUCAUCGUGUCAGUGUCAACUUUGUUUUGUGAAAUCAAACAAACAAAGUAUAAGUGGUUACUAAUCUUAUCUGUUCAGGUCAGGGGGUCUUUUUUCUUUCUUUCCAGUAUGUUGUGCAGCAGUCAUUGAACCAGGAUGAUACCGUGUGAGCCUAAAAACUAUGAAAUCUGCCUCAUAGCUCAUGAGAUACCAAGCAUGGUAUGAGAACAAAAGCAAGUUGUUGUUGUAAGCACUUUACAUAUGAUUAUGUUGGAGGCAUUUGAAAUGGGUUUUCCACUUGACUGGCAGUGGUUUGGACUAAUUUUACAAAUGGAUUGGCGCCCGUUGUACAGCUUAAGACAAAAAGCUCUGUUUCAAUGCUGAUAAUCCAGCUUGGCACUUAGCAGACUGUAUAUAAAUCUCUAAUGCUGUCAUAUUCUGUAUAUAUCUUUUUUUCUGGCUUUUUUUUCUUUCUUAUUCAGAUAUCACAACAGUAUAUUAGAGCUCAACAAAUACAUGGCAUCAAAACUGCACAGCCAGACAAUCAUUUUCUCUUUGUUUCCAUUCCAAAAAAAUGUUGCUUGUUUCUCACAAAUUACAGAGAAUGCCUGUGCAAGCAGUUUUCUCUCCCCCCUGAGAUCUCUGUACACCAAGCACACAUGAGGCUAUAGGACAAGCUUAGCUGGGACAGCUUUGAAGUGAGAUGCAGUAAGAGGUUAUUAUACUUUCAGCCGCUCAGAGAGAUGCCCAGUAAUUUAAUGCAUUUGGCACCAUGAUGACUGUCAAGUAUGUCUGUCUCAUUUCUUUAAGACAUAUAUUUUUCUUAGAAUUCAUGAGUGAAAGAUUUUUUUCCCUUGUUAUAGGCAGCAUUGCAUAAUGGGAUCUAAUUUGCAAGAGACAGGUGGGUUUCUAUUUAUGUUAUUUGCACACCAGAAUAUAAAACAUUAUUAAAUUGCAAACUUUGAGAAAGUCUCCACUUUUGUAACAAUACAAUUUUGCUGUCCUGUCCAAAAGGCAAAGUUUUCUCUAUUAACUGCAGCUUGUGUGCUGAUCCAAACAUAAUGCAUUUUCCCAGUCCAGAGAGUCUGCACACUGCACAGCAAACAGAUAAAUAUUUGAUAGGCACGCCUUCUGUCCCAUCCAACCCCCAAUGGCAACAUCUACAGUGGGCAUGAGAGCGUUACAGGAUGAGAGUGCCAUGUCAGUCCUUGGGAAUCAAAAGCCCAUGUGAGGACGGAGUGUGCCUGCUCACCUGUGGGCGGCUCGCCGGCUGGUGAUGGCGCCGUCUGUUCGCCUGGCUGCAAGCACCACACAGAUGCCAGGGCAUGACAGAUGAUUAAACACAGAGACCCGAAACAAUUACAAGAGGUUGCUGGCCCUUCCUGAUAAAACAGACCCACCCUUUCAGAGCAGAGGAUGUGUGGUACUUUAUUAUUCAGAGAUCCUAAGGACAAGCUUGUUAUACACUGGAUGAGAGCAUUACUGAGGUGAGGGACAGAAAUUAUGAACAGUGAAAACUGCUUUUAGAUGUAUAACAGCUUUUUUUUUCAACUGGCUAUAUAUUAUGUUUUGUCUAUGGUAUAACAAAGUUUGCUUUGAAUGAAUAAACUGGAAAAAUACCCAAAGAAAUGCUGAAUAUUAGGCUUAUCAAUAUCUUGGCUAUGCCUGCAAUGGGUGAAUUAAAUCAUGCUCUUUAAGGUCAUCCUCUGUGUAGGUGCUAAUGCCCAUGAUGGAACACAUUAGAGCUGGUGCCAUUUGGAAAUCACUGAAAUGUGUAAAUGCUUUCUCUCUUCAUGUCUAUUUUUUUUUUUUUUUUUAUUCUUACCAAUCAAUACCUUGUUAGUACUUUAAUAACAUGCAAGUGUAAGGCCUGGACUAAAUAGUAUUUGUAAUCCUCAUUUUUCUAUAGCCUUCAGGGCACAAUGGUAAUCAAUUGGUUUUUUGUUUGCAGUGUUACAUAAGUCACAAGAAAACUGAAAGCAUCACAGAAAAGCCUUUGAAAGUCAAAUGAGUACAGUUCUCUGUAAUUGGUUGAGUUGUUCUGUACAAAUAAUGCAAACAAGUUGCAAAUACUACAUGGCACAGGUCUGACAAGUACGUUUGAUGGUCAUUUCAAAAGUUUGUAUAAAUAGUAACCAUAAACACACAGUAAUUGUUAUAAUAAGACAAUGUGUAAAUGCAUUUUGGGUUAACCACUAUUUUUAGACAGUGGCCCUCUGUAUCUAAGAAAAAAGAAGAAAAAAAAGAAAACGGUUGUAUUUUAACUGUACUGGUCUGUGAAUCUAUGAUGCUUUUACUCUGUAUAUUUGGAGAAUAAAACUGAUGUUUGAGUUUG